UUUUUCUUUAUUCAUCACCACAGAGUCUGAUAGACCAAAAAAGGAAACAGACGUUGUUUCUCUCCCCACAGAGAUGGCAGGUGGUCGCCUCCGAUGCUUGAGCUGCUUCUUAGCAUACAGCAUUCUGCUCCGGAUUGGGGUCUGCCUCCAUGAGUCUGAUAGACCAAAAAAGGAAACAGACGUUGUUUCUCUCCCCACAGAGAUGGCAGGUGGUCGCCUCCGAUGCUUGAGCUGCUUCUUAGCAUACAGCAUUCUGCUCCGGAUUGGGGUCUGCCUCCAUGAGUCUGAUAGACCAAAAAAGGAAACAGACGUUGUUUCUCUCCCCACAGAGAUGGCAGGUGGUCGCCUCCGAUGCUUGAGCUGCUUCUUAGCAUACAGCAUUCUGCUCCGGAUUGGGGUCUGCCUCCAUGAGACAAACAGGGCUGUUGUGACCCUGCAACCCAACUGGCCGAAGAUAUACAGGGGAGAGACGAUCAGCCUCAUAUGUGAGAUACAGAACGGAGGAGACACUAAGUGGGAGUACGAAUGGACAACAACCAGCUCAAAAAACCAGACAAAAAAGAAUAUACAUUUAAAGCUUUUAUCUACCACAGUGGAUCCUAUAGAUGUAAGGGCAAAAACAAAGACCAACUGUCUUCAACAGAGUGGAGUGAUGCCUUACAACUGACAGUAUAUCAAUCUACACCUGAGCCUGUCCUCACUGUGUCUCCACUAUGGCCGAAUCCUGAAGACUCUGUAACUCUGAACUGUAAGGUUGAACAUCCAUCUGCAGGAUGGAGGUUCUACUGGUAUAAGGAUGUUCCCAAACUCAAAUCAGAAACAACCUACAUCCAUGAGCUACUACCUGGUUUGGACAGUGGGUCUGAAAAUGAUUCCUACAUUGUUCGUGGACAGCCACACACUGCAGCAUAUUACUGUACAGCUAAAAGAGGAAGCCCGGCCUAUAACAGUCAAAAAAGUAAACGUAGGUUUGUCUGGUCUAGAGAUUUCAACUCAGCAGCUUCUCUCACAGUGACUCCUGAUAGAGUGCAACACUUAUUUGAGUCUGUGUCACUGAGGUGUGAGGGAAAGUCCACCCAGUGGAGAGUGAUGAUGUUUACUGCAACAGACCAACUCUCACGCUGUUAUGGCUGGGGAGUAAUGAACGGAUCCACAUGCAACAUUGAGCGCUUACUAUACAGUGAUUCAGUGUACUGGUGUGAGUCUGGAUCUGGAGAUUUCAGCAACGCUGUCAACAUAUCUGUACACUUCUACAGGCCUGAAAGCAAGUCAUCUCUAUUGGCGCUGUUCACUGCGGUCACCACUGGAGCUUUUAUUAUUCUCCUGCUCUUAGUGUAUCACUUUAUAAAGUCCAAGGGUCUGUGCGGUGACAGAACCCCACAGUCUCAGAGCACCAAUCAGGAUGCACACGCAAACGAGGAAACUCAAGAGCACGUAUACGCCUCCCCUCUUCCAGGUGAAGAUUGUAUCUACGAAUCAAUCGGUGGUUGUAAAGACAAUGGAAAUGAUGAACAUGCAGAAGAAUACAAUUAUGCCACAUUUAAAUCGAUUGAGCUCAAAGGUGACAAGAGGACUGAUCCAGUGGAGAACUCAAUCUACUAUAAUGUGAAUCAACGUUAAACCCCAUGUACAUUAGCAUCAGCUGUUCAUCUGCUCGGUCUAAAAUAAAAAUUUUAGCUAACAUCAUCUUUGAUAACUGCACUACAGGAAACUGUAAGAGUAUGCAAUUCAAUUUACUGGCUAUUUAGUAUUCCACAGCAUGUCUGUUUUCCAGCUUUUUGACUGUUAUUUUGUGUCAGGUCCAUAAAGAAAAGUGCACAGAUGACAUGACAUGAACAACUACAUUCAUGUUAGGCCAGUUUUUGCAGUAUUAUACGUUCACAUAUAAAGUACUGUAGUUUAAAAACAUAAUAUGUAAUUGUGUCUAUACUUUUAUAACUGUACUUUCUUACUGUUUAUCAUAAAGGGAAAAUCUUCUGUACAUUUUGUUUAAAGAACCAAGCUGUGAGUAUGUUUAUACACUUUCUCAUGUCUGCAGGUUAACAUUAUCAGCCACUUGGUGGUGCCCUGCAUUUUUGCUUUUAUUUCAUGUGGUCUCUAAAUAUCUUUGCAGAUGCAUCAGCGAUUGAAUGCAUAAUGUAAUGGUUUUUUAGUUUUCAUAACUUUUGGCAUACCAUGUUACCUGUUUUUUGUUUAAAUAAGGCAACUAUGUAUGAUCUCUUCUAUUUAUUGCGCAAAUGCGCAAAAGAGAUCAUACAUAGUUUUACAUAGUAUUAUACAGUAAGUACUCUGUCAAUUGAAAUUCAUUUUGAUGUUAAGAAAUCAUUAAAGUAGCUCUCACCAUAUGGAAAUAUUGUCAAAUAAACUGAUGCACUUUUUAAUUAAA